UGAUAACACAACUACCGCAUUACACAAUUCAUCGGUCAUUCAGUUAGUAGACUUCAACAAGGCAACAGUAACAGAUGGCAAGUGAUUUUUAAUAGUUAUUUUUCCACGCAUUUUCAUCGCGUAACCGGGCUAUUUGUUACAAUUUUUCUUCGUGCAAUAUAGUUUUUGUAAAACAAAUAUAAUGAGUAAGAACAAGGGAUGCGAACCGUCAGUUACAUUUCCGAUAAAGCCACCUGGCCCACCGAAAGUGUGGAAAACUGUCGAGAUUAAAAAAAAGAACGCGGACGUACCGAUAAAAUUCACCAUUCAAGAGGUACCGGAAGACAGGUACGACGAGGUAGUAGAACAUAUGUGCAAGUAUUUCAUUGCCGACGAGCCCAUGUGUAAAUGUAUAAACGGGAUAAACGAUCCUGAAUACGUGGAAACAUUUCGAUGUCUUUGGGACGAAUUUAUAAAAUGUGGUUUGUCCGUCGUAGCGUUUACAGAGAAUCCAGAUGGUGGGAAACCUAUAAUUGCAGGAGCUAAUAUACUUACGUUAUCUUUCAAGGAUGAAAAGUUCGAUAUGGAGAAAAUUAAGUCAAAGAGGGGGAAUGAUGUGAUGGAUGUUGUGAUAAGAUUGAGCAAAGAAGCAAAUGUGUUUGAAAAAUAUGGGGUGAAUAAAUAUAUGAACGCCUUUGGCCUUUCCGUAAAUCCAAAGUAUCGAGGAGCCUCUCUAGGUGCUCAUCUUCUUAAUGCCAGGGUGGAAGUAGGUCGAGAAUACGACAUUCCGGUAACAGUCACGGCAUUUACCUCGCCGAUUUCACAGAAAUUGGCCGAACGAUGCGGCUUUGAAACCCUGGUUGAAAGAAAUUACGACGAAUUUGUGGAUAAGAAGGGAAAUUUAAUGUUCCCAGGAAUCGAAUCGAAAUCCAUGAAAGUGAUGGGCAAGAGGCUCUUUUAACAUAAACGACAUAUUAAAGAUAUGAUAUCUAGUAGUUUAAUACUAAUUAGUAUUAGUUAAGAUAGGGAUAAGUAUUAGUUAAGAUAGGAAUAGCGAUAAAAAUAAAUGAGAGAAAUGGGACCCCUUGUAAUCCGUAAGGUAAACAAUAAAGAUACUAUUCCAACAUA